AUGUCCCACGGGACCUACUAUGAGUGUGAGCCCCGGGGUGGCCAACAGCCACUUGAGUUCUCAGGGGGCAGAGCUGGGCCCGGGGAGCUGGGGGACAUGUGUGAGCAUGAGGCCUCCAUCGACCUAUCAGCCUACAUCGAAUCUGGGGAGGAGCAGCUACUUUCUGACCUCUUUGCCAUGAAGCCAGCACCAGAGGCCCGAAACCAUAAGGGCCUUGGAACCCCUGCCUUCCCUCACUACCUGCCAGCAGACCCGAGGCCAUUCACCUACCCCUCACACACAUUUGGCCCAGACAGGAAGGCACUGGCACCUGGCAUCUACAGCAGCCCCGGGAGCUACGACCCUAGAGCAAUGGCUGUGAAGGAGGAGCCUCGGGGACCAGAGGGCAGUAGAGGUGCUAGCCGGGGUGGCUACAAUCCCCUGCAGUACCAAGUGGCACAUUGUGGGCAGACAGCUAUGCACCUGCCCCCAACCCUAACAGCACCUGGGCAGCCUCUGCGCGUCCUCAAGACCCCUGUGGCUGCUGCAGCGCCUCCUUGCAGCACCCUUCUCAAGGCGCCCUCCCCAGCUGGCCCCUCACACAAGGGCAAGAAGGCGGUAAACAAAGAUAGCCUGGAGUACCGGCUGCGAAGGGAGCGCAACAACAUCGCAGUGCGCAAGAGCCGAGACAAGGCCAAAAGGCGCAUUCUGGAGACGCAGCAGAAGGUGCUGGAGUACAUGGCUGAGAACGAGCGUCUGCGCAGUCGCGUUGAGCAGCUCACCCAGGAGCUGGACACCCUCCGAAAUCUCUUCCGCCAGAUCCCCGAAGCUGCCAACCUCAUCAAGGGUAUAGGGAGCUGCAGCUGA